GUCUUUUUCAUUUCUAGUAAAACGACGAGGUGUCCAGCGCUGUCUUUUCAGUAAUCGAUCAUUCGAGUCCUUGCCUACCCCUUUGGCUCGUCAAACCACAAAGUGUUAAGAUGUCCGUCGAAGACCUGAGUGAUAAAUUUGUGCCAACGAUAUCCCGGAAAAGAAGAUCUGAUGAAGACAUCAAUGCUCUGUCUGGGUUGACACAGAAUUUUCCUGAAUUUAUAAAGAAAUUCUCUCAUGAGGAUCUCCAACAGAUCACUGAGUACUACAAGCCCUACCUGACCUAUGUGAUUGAAUACGACAUGACGAGUAUCCUGCAGAACUUGGCCACCAAGAACAUCCUCACCAACAAUGAGGCCAAGAGAUUUAAAGCCAGAGAAGAGUCUGAGGGGCAAGCAGGUGUGGAGUCCUUCAUCAACGACAUCAUGCAGAUGGAUGGAGAGAAACUGGUCAGCCUGUGGGAGGCACUGGCUGAAGAACUUGUGAAACUUCCAUCACCAAACCUGACAAGAAUACUGAAGGAAGUGACAGAGGGGGGCCCGGACCUCCUGGUGGACAUUCGUUCCAGUCUCCAGUCCCCAAACAUUAACACACAAAUUAAAGGCCUCUAUGACAAACACAAAGCCACAGUGUCUAAAUCCACAAGGACUCUGGAGGACCAGGCUUCUCUUGGAGAUCCACACACCAGAGCUGUUCGCUUUGAGACUCGAUACACGGAGCUGAUGGUCAUUGAUCAGUUCAAAAGGACCCACAGUGAAAGGCACCAUGAACUCAUAAAGAUCGGGAAGAUUCAUGCGAAGCUGUUGCAGGACCGGACAAAGGAGAAAUGUGAGCGAAUCUGGACCGAGCAGCUCUUUAAAAGGAAACCAGGAAGCAAGAGCCCCCCCAAUAUCAUAGUGGUCAGUGGGGUGGCUGGAAUUGGGAAGACCACCAUGGUCCAGAAGAUCAUGUUUGACUGGGCCAAAGGCACUCAGUACCAGAGGUUUGCAUUUGUGUUCCUGUUUAAAUUCAGGGAGCUCAACCUGCUGAACACGGAGGACGAGCCCCAGAUGCCCCUCACCAGGCUGAUUGCUAAGCAUUACCAGUACCUUUAUGACGACCGGCUGAAAGAAAUCCCGAGGAAACCCGAGUCUCUCCUUUUUAUACUCGAUGGACUGGAUGAGUACAAACACAAACUGGACUUCACUCAGAGAAAGCUCUGCUCAGACCCAAACAGCUACUUCCCUGUCCACACCCUGGUCACCAGUUUGGUCAGUCGGACGUUACUGAAGGGCUGUUCAGUCCUCAUCACAAGCAGGCCGACCGCCCUGGAGUCCCUGAACAUGGACAGAGUUGAUCGAUUUGCUGAGAUCCUGGGCUUCUUCCCUGAACAAAGGCUGAUGUACUUUAAGAAGUUCUUUGGCGACGGUGAUCAGGGUACUGAGGCUUUUAAGUAUGUGGAGGAGAAUGCCAUCCUGUACACCAUGUGCUUCAACCCCUCGUACUGCUGGAUUAUGUGCUCUGUGCUGAAGAGCCACUUCACAACACCAGAAGAAGAGAGAGGAGUUGCCCCCAGAACUGUCACUGAGCUCUUUGUGAUGUUCCUUUACAACAUCUUGACCAAUCACAGCCGAGAUGUCGAGGACCAGCGGAGCAUUUUGGUCAAACUGGGAAAGAUGGCUUAUUAUGGGGUGUCUAACAGGAUCCUUGUGUUUUAUGACAAGUUUGAGUUGUCCACCUUUGAUCUCCAGCCAGUCCUGUCCUCCUCAUUCCUCUCUGGCUUCCUCAAAGAGAUCCUUCAGAGAGAAAGCACCCUGGAGCACAUGACGUACACAUUCUACCACCUCACCGUGCAGGAGCUAAUAGCCGCCUGCUCCUUCUACCUCAAUCCGUCGGGGAAUGUCGAGGAGCUGCUUGAGAAGCUGGGCUCUUGUAAAGAUGGCCGCUUUGAGAUUCUCACCCUCUUCAUGGCAGGACUGGGCACACCUUCUACAUUUAAAACACUGGGGGAGGUCCUGGGGGAGUUGGAGAGGAAGACAGCAAAGCGGGUACUGGAGUGGGUGAAGCAGAAGGCUGAACUUGUGCUACAGGGGCAAGACAAAAAGGAAGCUCUGCGAGUGUGUCAGUGGCUCUACGAGACUCAGAAUAAGAAGUUAAUCAGAGAUGCCUUUGGUAAGAAUCUACAGAUGAAUUUCAGCAACACAACGUUAUCUCCCCUGGACUGUGCCGUGCUGGGCUCGGUCAUCAGCUGCUGCGGAGAACUUGAGGAGCUCGACCUGUCACGCACACAUCUGACCACUGAGUGCAUCAGGAGGCUGGCGCCGGGGUUCAGCUGCUGUACAAGUGUCAAGCUGGUCUCCUGUCAUCUCUCCUCUGAAUGUUCCUCGACUCUCUCAUCAGCCAUCUCUGCUCCAGACUCCCGGUUGGUUCAAGUGGAGCUGGACUACAAUGACCUGGGAGACGAAGUGGUGCAGCAGCUGCGCGAGGGGCUGAGGAGCAACAACUUCAAACUGAAGAAACUGAGCCUCCAGGGUUGUUGUCUCAGCUCCACAAGUUGCUCCGUUCUCUCCUCGGCUCUCUCUGCUCCAAACUCACAACUGACUGAGCUGGAGCUUGGAAAAAACAACCUGGAAGACUCGGGAGUGCGUCAGCUGUGUGAGGGGCUGAGGAGUCCAAACUGUAAAUUGGAGAAGCUGGGGCUCUUCACCUGUAACCUGACUGCUGGCUGUUGUAUGGCGCUCUCCUCUGCUCUUUCAGUCGACCACUCGCACCUCAUCGAACUGGACCUGAAUACCAAUAAGCUGAAGGACCUUGGAGUACGUCUGCUGUGCGAUGGGCUCAGGAGUGAACACUGUAAAUUAAUGAGAAUAAGCGUCGGUGGUAAUGUGAUCAGCGUGGAGGAGAGGAGGAACCUGAGGUCACUGCAGGUGGAAUUGAACAGCUCAGGACGGCAGCUGGUGAUCACCUUGUGAGACGAGCAGCAGUGGGAUUAGCCUGGCCUGGCAUUGCCCAUAUCGGCCCACUUCUUCUUAUGCUCAGUUCUGUUUGGACCUUUCGUAUAACACAGGGUUGACCUCCCAUUUCUAAUGGUUUCUGCUUCAGUGUCUUGCAGCUUAAUGAUGAGAAGCUGCUUGUCUUAAGAAAGCAGCGGCGACAGCUGUACAGUGUCCAGUAAAGAAUUCUGAUUGAGAGCAAUAGUGGACACUACCACACGGGAUUGAACAAGCGAGAAAAUGUUGGCAAGGCAUGGCAUUCAUUCAAGAGCUGCAACAUCUUCCAUUUUUAGGUGUGUUUGCAUAGAACGUAUGAAGCACCUAUUGCGAUAGCCCAUGUCUGUCUGUCUGUCUGUCUGUCUGAAGGAACUCGGCCCCCCAACGUGGUCCAAUUUAUAUUUGAGAGGUGGCACGCUUUUCCUUCAAAGAAAUUUGCUAAGACCAUAAGUUCCAUUUUUGUUGAGAUACCAUGAACGGAUGGCGCUGUACAAAAUUUAAAACUUUCAAAAAUCUCCAAUUGAAAAACAUCAGUGAGUUUGCCAACUCGUCCAUCUUAAAACUGAGAAACGUUCUGCGUGACUUCAACUGGGAACGAGUUUACGCCGUCAGUUUUAGCUGGAGAGCAGUUUCUUGAACUUGUAGAUAUUCUUUGACUCAUCCUCAAGUCAGUCAAACACCGUGCAGAGCGCCCUCUACUGGUGCCCGAUUCAGCCAAGUUAACUAAUAGGUGGACAAUAAAAAUAAUGGAAAGGGAACACAAAAAUGUAAACAUAAAUAUGAAGGAACUGACUGAACAAGAAUUACUAUUAGGAAGAACCUGCGGCUACAUGGCGCUUGAAUGAAUUCAAAACACCGGAAAGGCACAGCUGCCUGAAGUGCUAGAAACACAGGAUGGGUUUAACAAUGGAGAAUAGUGGUGUUUGGCGCCCACUCCAAGUGUGGCGAGCCCCUGACCUCCCUGCCCAUUAUGUGCAAAGCAUUUUAAGAUACGUCCCCUGGGGACAGAUUUUACAUGCCUGUACAACACGGUGUGACAGUCACAAAGGUGGGUAAGAAAUCCCUGCAAGUCCUACAGAUGCCUCUGGAAAUGGAGGACCAGUUCACAUGCGGGCAUAAGAUCAGACCACGCCGAGGAUGGUGGACCCGAAGUGCCACCUUGACUGCCGAGUGACUUCAGACUACAAUUCAAACCUUUUAAGAUGACAGCAGGCUGAAGCUGGUGACUCAUUUGCAGUUUAAGACUAAUUGUCACCAUUUACAUUCCCGUCAUACAAUAAAUCCGCUCCUUUCCCAGUUCUUGCUUAUUUUGAACAAUUGACCGUGUUUUAACUCGUAUUAAUAGCUCGACGUAGAAGUCGGUUCAGUUGCAGGUCUCCUUUCAUUGGCUGGUAUCGAUGCUGAUUUUUAUGCUGAUGUUGCUCAUUUUGUAUAAUUUGAGAUCUUCCACUUGCUAAUUAUCUGACACGACUCUACUGGAUGAUCUGUCAAAAAUGUUACGUUUAGGAUAACUGAACACCAGUUAGUCACAGACCCUCGCCAGUCAAUGCCAUCGCCACGUCACUUGAACUGUAAUCUGCUGUCAAUGAAAGCCACUGAGCCGCCACUUUGUGCUCCGUUUUGAACUAAAUUGUAAAGUGCAGUUAAAAGGCACGUACUUCAUGUCAUCUACUAACACAUGGAACUGCAUUAUUAUCACCAUCAGAACUUUUGAAUCGGACUUAUUGGUACAAAACUAUUCAAUAAGCAAAAAUGUAAGAACUGAACCUUGGAUGAGGUUAAUAAAAAAUGUGAAAUGCUCCAACUUUCGUUAUCAGUUCUCUUAGUCGCCAAAUGCAGCAGAAUGUUACACGGCACCGAUGUCGUCAAAGAGUCAAUAAUCACAUUUUGAUGUACAAUGAAAUAACAGGGAUGACCAAAUGUAAUUACGUGUAUCACUGGACUUUAUAAUGUUAUGGAGCUCACAUCCGCUGUAGUGGACUCUGCGGUCUACUGAGCCAACUCAAGGCGUGUAGAAAUGGCCUCGACGGAUGUGCUGCUAGUCGCGUAGUCCAAGCUCACAUUUCUUAAACGUAACCCGUUUGGAAGUCUACACCAAAAUCCCAAGAUCAAGAUGCUGGCUGCUUCAAACCAUGAUGGAGAGCAGCAGGUGUCAGAAAUCAUGAAUCAGCGCGGUGACGUUAGCGGUGGGCCAGCAGCACUUUAGUUCACGCUGUGCGUACGGAGCGGCGCCUACUGAAUUGGUUUCCUCUUCAAUUCAUUUCUACUUCAGUCUCUCUUAUGGUUUACUUCACUCUAGCAGCACGAGAAGUGAACAGGUGUGUGUGCGUCCCUCCCGGAGUUUCACUAACUUGUACUGGGAAUCGGUUUUCCCUCCAGAAGCAGCUGUUAAACAAGAGGAAAAAUCUACAAAAUAUAUAUAAAAAAAAAAAAACUGAAGUGACGGCUCUCAAAGUAAAAACUAAUCGGUAGCCGAAGUGGCUCAGAAUGUUCCUUCGUUUCAAGUCAGGUGAUAUCUCACUGCUUUUCAAUAGGAGAUUUUGUAGUAGUAGGGUGCUGUACCAUGUUAGCCAUUAUGGAUGUAGUGAGAAGUCAAGCUAAA